UCACCUGCACACAUACAGAUGCACACACACACACACACACACACACACACGCACACACACACAGAGAGAGAGAGAGAGAGAUAGAGACGCACCAAUGCCAUCCGGGCACUCCAGGCAUGCCCCUUGUGUGUAUGUGAAUGUCUCUUCCCCACUACGACUCACUUGUGUGUGUUUCCCCUACUGUGGUAUGAUGUGGGCAAGGCCGUGUUUGGUCAGAAGGCAGCGGGUCAAGGACAUCGCGAUGGGAAAUCGGUCAAACAGCCGCGUGUGGAGCUCGAAGGACGCUUCGGUCGUGAAGAGGUUGACGCGGCCACUGUACAGGUACAGGUAUGCAGCCAUGGUCUCAACUUCCUUCAUGCCCUUGAGGACGAUGAGUCGCUCCCGCCCAUCCCCCUGCCCCUCGUAGAUGAGGUCGAUGGUGGUGUGGCCCUCGAUGGGCUCGGUCAGCAGUCGCUGAUAGCGCCCAUCGCCGCCGCCCACUGGCGCGUCGAGUACCUCCUUCUCGUCCACCCCCUCUUGGCCAAACCACUCGAACAACACCAUCCGUCGGAUGAAGGCCGUGAACGAGGGGAAGAGGGAGCCAUGGCGGUAGCGGGCAAGGUAGCGGAUGGGCGGGUUGUGGGAGUCGUAUGUGCGGCGGUAGGGAUGGCGGGGAGGGAGGGCGGACAGCGGCACCGUCUCCAACCGCCACCCUCGCUGGCCGCUUCCGAUGGUAUACCGCUGCCGUGUCACCCCACCGUCCCCCUCUCCCUCUCCUUGGCCGUCCCACUCUCCAUCCCCCUUCUUGGCCUCGUCGCCAUCCUCGCCAUCGCUGUCAUCGGCCUCAUCCACCUUUGUCAGUGCGAGGCUGGUCCCCUGGUAGUUGAGGAGGUGGCCGAAUGUGCUGUACUGGCGAAGGGCGAGGGGCAUGGUGUGGAAGUCGGCCUUGAUGGGCAGGUGGGCCGCCAUCCACUGAGGCGACAUGAUCAGCGGCAGGCCAGUCGAGGGCGUCAGCUUGUAGAUGUCGGCCAGCCGGAUGAAGUCGGGCCACUGCUCACACCACACCGCCCCGCCAUGCUCCAGUGCAUAGCAGCACUGGCACAGAUAGCAGAAAUGCGACACAUGAGGGCCUCCACCGCCUGCAGCUGCAGCGGCCGGUGCGUCACUGCUGCUGCUGCUGGUGGUCGGAGGGGCAGGGGUGGGCGCCGUGGCACUGGCUGUGUCUGCUGCUGUCCGGUGCACGUCGAUGAGGCCGGUCAGCGAGUGGCGGCUGAGGUGCUUGGCGAUGCGACGCUGCACGAAGGCCUCAUUGACGAGUUGGCUGCCGUGUGCCCUGCUGAUGGGGCGGGCCGAGCAGACGGCCUCAUCGAUGGGAAGGC